AUGAGUACCGACAAUUUUAUCGUUACUGAAGCUCAACUUGCGAUCGAAGAAGCUAGAAAGCAGAAGGCUGAGCGGACAAAGUCCCUUGGUGACCCAAUUGAACUCAUUGGGAAGGCUCUUGCGAUCGAAAUUCAAGACAGCGUUGCAUGGAUCGGGGAAAAUACCAACGUCGCUCGCCUGCUCGAUUUAGAGUCAGGCAAAACAUUACAUCUAUUCAAAGGACACACGGGUCCUGUAACCAGCCUUGCGUUUUGCGACAGAACCCCAGGUUCGGGAGAUAGGGAGAUUCUCAUCACAGGCUCUUGGGACAAAUCCAUCAGGCUAUGGGACACUGUUUCGAAACGGCAGAUAUCAUCCACCCCGAAUGCGCACGCAGAUUUUGUCAAGACUUUACAUGUGUUCUCAUCUCUUAAUCUGUUGGUAUCAGGGAGUUCUGAUAAGAUAGUGCGAUUUUGGGAUAUUUCACAGCCAACGAGCUCUGAACCUCUGAUAAGUUUGGGGUCAAUCUCAUCGCAUACACGCCCAGUGGAAUGUUUGGAUGGCGAGGUUGUUUCGCCCGACGCUGCUAUACUGUAUACCGGAGACACAAUGGGUGUAAUUAAAUCUUGGGACCUUAUCAGAGAAUCUGGGUCUCCCUCCAGAUGGAAAGCCAUACAUAAGCAGACCAUAAAUCACCAUAGGACGAGGAUCAAUGAUCUCUGGUACAAGAAUGGGCAACUUUGGACUGCAUCCGCGGACGACACUGUCCGAGUAUUAUCUCAAGACGCCUCAGAUGGAACGACGAAGCUCUCCAAACCAAUAAUGCAACCUGUCGCCGUUCGCACAAUCCUCCCUAUUUCCUUGACAGAUCUUGGAGAGCCCUACUUGAUCACAGCUGCCGGUGACGUCCUCAGAACAUACGAUGUCUCUGAGCUCGACGAGCCAGAUCUUAUAAGCGAAAUUGACGCACAUUGGCAUGACAUCACAGCAGUUAAGCUCUGGAUGCGCAAAACUAUUGGCGAGGACGGCAAGACGCGAAUCGAACCGUGGAUCUUGAGCACCAGUCUGGACAAGACCAUACGCAGAUGGAAACUGAGUGAAUUGUUGCAUCCCGCCACGCCCCCGAAGAAGACGCCAGAAAAUUUAGUCGCGGAGCCGACACCGAAGCCAGCUUCCAGCUCAGAACUCACGGAAGAAGAAGAACGGGAGCUUGCGGAAUUAAUGGACGACUGA